UUCCUUCAAAGCUAAGCAACAAUGGAUUUCAAUUCAAUUAAGCGACAUUUGAUGCUGUUGGUCGUGAUGUUUUCAAUCAUAAGUGUACACAUUGGUAUUGGUUUGGGCGCAAUUCCUCCAGAAGCAAAAUCACACGGUGCCCUUGGUCAAGGAUUUUUCAUCCCUAAACUGAACCUUCUAACUGACGAGCUACACGCCGUAGGAGCGAAAAUUUUUGAUACUGUAUCAGCGGAUUGUACGGUUACAAACGACGUUGGUCGUACUCAGAAAGAUGAUACCUUUUACAGCAACACCGAAUCACUGUACAAAGCAAUCUCUACCAAUUCCAAGGUUGGGGUAAGCCUAAAGGGUCCAUWUACUCUUGGCGUAUCAUUGGCAGCGGUCACCAAUAACAUCGUUUCAGGCAACACUGAGGUAUCCGGAAUCUCACUCGAUCUCAAGACUUACAGUAAGGACCACUCUCUGAAGAAAGAUUGCAUCAACAAACAACCGUUGGAUAAGGAACUUCUAGAAGACUUCGAAGGUCUAGAAAGAGAAAUAGAAAAGCCUUGGUUAUCCAGGUCGUGGAACAGGUACAAGGUAUUCCUGGAAAAGCAUGGAUCUCAUGUGGUGAAGAAAGUAUUGUCCGGUGCCAGCAUCAACCAGUAUGUAUUCGCAAAGUCAUCGGAAAAAUAUACCCAACGUGACUUUACGAUCAAGGCAUGUGUUUCUCUGGGUGGUUUAACAAAUGCAGGUAAMGUUGGKGUAUCAGCAUGUUCUGGRAUCACCAACGAGGAAGCAAAGAAAGCCUCCARUACUUCUAUGGUSAAGAARCUAGUUGUCMGAGGUGGYACCCCGAAAACGCGAGCAGAUUUAACGAAUGAACGUAACAAAGAAACAAUCUCUACAUUCCUUCAAGAAGGAGCAAGGGUUCCAACGCCUAUUACCUAUAACUUUGUUCCAAUAUGGAAUAUUCUUAAGACAAGAUUUAUUGGCACACCAUCAAUGGCAAAAGUGCUGAACCUUGAGCAGUUCUACAAAGGUUACUUACACUUUGGGUGCUCCUUCGAAGAAACGUCUAAUAAACAAGUACUCCAGAAGUUUGUUCUCAGCGAGGAUAGUGAUCCUGACGUACCAACAUACAAAUGUAUGCUGGGUCCAAGUGGCUGCCACUCGGAUUCUGACUGCCAUCACAAGCAUGUCUUUUGGUGCGCUUGCGCCGGCGAGUCGUGUAUUCGCUACAAAGAUUCGAAGCUCAACUCAGGAUCCACUAAAAAGGAGGCUUAUGCUUACACGAGUAGGUCCCCCGGGUGGAAAGGGCAAGGAUGUAAACUUAGAGGUCCUAAAUGCAAGUGUAAAGAACCAAGAAGUAUUUGGGAGGAGAGUUGGUCAGGUGAAGAUGAAAAUGGUCUUCGCGAUGUUCACUCUGCGCUGGCCAUGAAGAGGGGGAUUGUUGGCGCACUCACAGACGAGUGUAAUCAAAAACAGCAAUUUAAAGACACGGAAUAGUCAUUGCUUUUUGCAUGGAUUUUGCUUUAACACAAGUGUAAUUUGGAAGUCGGCAACUCUAAAAUACAAAGCAUCCGAACCCAUGCACGCGUUAGAAAAUAAACAAGCACAUGAAAUAUAU